CUCCCCUGUCACAUCGGAUGAGAUGCCCCUAGUACAAUAUUCUGAUUCGGAAUCCGACUCAGAAUCUAGAUCUUCCCUCCACCCAGCCAAGAAACCUCGCCACAGCAUCAUUCCAGGGCCAUCGCUGCCGCCCUUACCUGCAUCAUUCCACAACCUCUAUGCCUCGAGCACACGUGUGAGCGUGCAAGAUAACCCGAGCCUCCAUGGUGGCCGAACACGCGUAAUUCCUCACGUGGAAGGAAACUGGCCAACACAUCUUUACCUUGAAUGGUACCCGGGGAAAGACGAGCUCUCACUCCUUGCAGAUGUCAUAUCUCAGUCUGGGAAUGUGCCAGAUGAAAAAGCGCCCGUAGUGCACAGUCUUCUACAUAGCGAUCUCGGUGCCCAGCUACCACUCCAUAUCAGCCUGUCUCGGUCAGUGAUUCUUCGCACCGAGCAGCGUGCCUUGUUCACUGAGGCGCUGCAAAAAGCUAUCCACGACUCACAUGUUCUAUCGUAUGUGGCAAAUUUACGAAUCUCUUCACCAUCGUCUAAUGCUCGAACUAGAUUUUCUGUCCAACCAAAUACGUUAUAUUGGUCAUCUAACUAUGAAAAGACACGGUGGUUUCUCGUCUUGGGCGUGCAGAGACCGAGCCAUGAUGGUCUGAACCGCCUCUUGAAGCUGUCAAAUGACACUCUUGCUCGAUUUGGCCAGCCACCACUUUAUGCAGCCUCUUCGACUCAAGGACAGCAGACCAGUGUAUCCCUCCGUGAUAGGAGCAGCAGUCUGAGCGGCGAGGAUUUCUCGGGGUGCUUCCAUAUCUCACUCGCUUGGAGUCUGUCAGAGCCCAGCCUAAAGGAGCGUGAACGGAUUGCUGGGGUAGAUCUGCGAGCUUUGCGGGAAAUCCAGGUUGGAUUCCAUAGUGUCAAAGCAAAGAUUGGAAAUAUUGUCGGUAGUAUACCAUUAGGAAAAAGCUCAUGA